ACGGGACGUGUUCUCGAAACGACGACCAUGGCUCUCGUUUCCAUUUCCAUUUUCUGCUUGCUGACUCUGGUGUCAUCUGGAGACGUUGCUGUUGAGGAUCAGCCUCACGCCAUCCGCGCCGGGACGACUUUCGCGUUGCGAAAUUACACCUCGAUCCUUACCGUGCCCAAUGGAGAGAAAUUCGGGAUCUGGAUGUGGUCAGAGCUGUGUCCUGACAACUUCUACGCUGUGGGAUUCAGCCUGAGGGUCGAGCCUAACCAGUACGCGAGCGAUGACACGGCUCUGAACGGAAUCCGUCUCUUCUGCGUCCAAAAUGAAGACCGUCGCUUCCUCUACAGUGUGGAGUCCCAUACCGGACAUUUUGGUGAGUGGACGGAACCUCGGUGGUGCCCUUCUGGUACAUUGAGCUCGUUCCAGCUGCGUGUGGAGCCUCACCGGGGCAUCUUCGGCGACGACACGACCGCCAACAACAUCCGCUUCCGCUGCAGCAGCAACCCGACGAUGGAGGGCCAGGGCAUGGCCUGGGGAGAGUACGGAGAAUGGAGUAAUAACUGUCACAAUGGGGGCAUCUGUGGCAUCCAGACCAAGAUGGAGCUGUACCAGGGCAUUCUAGACGACUCGUCUCUCAACGACGUGCGCUUCCACUGCUGCACCAAGAGCCAGCAGUGAGAUCAGAACAAGCCUUAAUCCGAUUUCUAUUGAGGAAAAUGUCAUUUUUUCAUUUUUAAAAAUUACACAUGCAGGUCAAUUCAAUCUCAGAGUACCGAAGGGUGAUGGAAUGAUAUAUGAUGGCAUCAUUGUUCGGAUAAAGGUCAGGAUACGCUUUUCUAAGAGUUGCCACGGAUACAUCUACAACAAUCCGAAAUCUCCAAUACUCGGUAUUAAAGAGCAAAUAUAUAUAUAUAAUUCACCUUUAUAGUU